AUGGAUUCAGAUAAUGGGCGGUCACAAAAGCACACCAGAUCUAACGGCGGUCGCCCCAGCCAUGGAGAGUUCGUGCCCGAACAAGCUGCCCAGCCGCAGUAUCCUCCUUACUCCGCAUUAUACAAUACCAGAGACCUCUUUUCGGCCAUACCCGACGACUCGUUGUCGGGAUAUGAGCAGACCAUGUGGCCUGCACCGGAUCUGGAUUUGAUGGGAUUUGGACAACAUUUUUUUGUAGAUACCGUCCCAGAAAUACUGCCAUACAAUUAUAGUUCGAAUUUGAGUUAUGAACCUCCAUCCUACGACGGUUCAUACGCACCUGGUGGAUACACGAACGCUAGGACUAUAACGACAGGUUUACAACCUCAACCAUCUAGUGGACAAAUCCUGGAUCUCGAUUCUCAGUUUAGCUUUGUCCCAGAUUAUCACAGUAUCGGUCUGGAUCAAACGGAUUAUUGGCCCAAGGAUCUUGGUUACAGUGGGAAUCAAAUCCUCAGCGAUCCUCUUCUAGACCGAGAAAGUUCAUCAUCCAUAUGGACAAUCGACGGUUCCAACCAAGAUUUAGAAGGUUUCGGAGGUCAGUUUGAGAAUAACUUUACGACUCAGCUGAAUAACUCGCCAUAUUCGCAGGUACAAUAUUAA